AUGGGCGAAUAUACGAAUAUAUACACCUUCCACGACAAGACCCUCGCCGAGCGAUUGGAGGAGUACACCAGUAUACUGUCCGCGGAUGGAAGGGUAGUGCCCGCGUCGAGCAUCCGAGCGGAAUGGAUCUGCGACGUGGAACUCGUCAUCGAGCCGGUCGGCUGGCAGGCGUUGUGGAAGAUAUCGCGCUCCACGUGCGAGAAUUACAGUAUCCGUUACCCGACGAUCGUCCUGGUGGAAGUGUUGGGCAUGGACUAUCCUGUGCUGAACGCCCUGGUGAAGAUCACAGCCGUCCAGGAUGACAUACAUCUGCCCGAAAAGCACGAGGUGCCGCUGAUCGAGCUGUACCCCACUAUCGAUCAGACGAACCACAGCUUGGACAUAGUGGGCACAGCGCACUGCGUGGAUCGGUUAAGAUUCUUUUACAAUUAUCUAUGGAUGCCAUGGGACGAGGAUGAGGAUGACAAUAUCGAUUGGGUGGACCAGCACCUGGAACGCAGAAUCAGACUGUUCUUCGAUAUGAACAAUGGAGUUAUUAGUAAGGACACAUGCGACAUCAUUAGGUCAUUAAUCAGCGAGGGAAAGGAGAUACAGAAGAAGAUUUCGACGUACGAGGCUUUGCUGCCCGAGGACUUCCACGAGGAUAACGUACCUGAAGAACUGGCGCAGGAGACUUGUACUCUGAUGAAGCUUCAUUUUCGGCUUCAGCAGAUUAAAGCAGAAUUGGACCUGCUCGAGAAUCCUGCGUUAAGAGGAUUGCUUGGGAAGAAUCAGUCGUUUAACAGAAGAAAAAAGCGCAGUGAUAAUGAAAAUAAGAAAAGCAUGUACUAUUUUGUGUGGUCAGGUGGUAUUGUCAAAGAGCUGCAUGAACUUUCUAAUAAAAUUCAAACAAUGUUGCCCGAGGAUGCACCUGUUAAAAUUUGUGGAUAUUUGGAUGAUGUUAUGGAUAUGUUUGAAACAAGCGACACUAUUCUAUUAGGCGAAGGAAAUCACACGAUUAAAGGUUCCACUGGAUUAGAAGAUGGGGGUGCAAUUUUAGGAAUUUCUAAUGUAGAGAACACCAUAAUUUCUCCAUGUGAUCCGGAUAUGUCGUCAUCUUUGUUCGAUUUCUCUGGCAACGAGAUAUUGUUGAGGAAUUUCUGCGUCGACUUGGGAACACUUCAGGCAGGUAUAAUUGUCAGAAAGGACUGUACUGUACUUGUAACUGGUUCCAGAAUACGUGUUUCAAAUGCCACGGUAAAUACCGCUAAAUGGGGCGCGGUUGUUAUGCCAGGAGCCAAAUUAGUACUUGAGAAGGUGAUUUUCCAAGGAUUAGGAACCGCUAUCAUUAUUUAUGGAACUGGUGAAGUUGUUAUGAAUGAUUGCCAUUUUGAAAGCUGUUGCGAGGGUAUACGGCUCAAUGAUAAUGCACGUUUUACCGCGACCAAAUGUUCCUUCGAGUCUAUUGAAAACGGGUAUGCUAUAGUGAUGGAAACUGAGAAAGUAACUCGUUCAGAGAGUAUAAAGGUGGGGAGCGAAUCGAGCCUUGUGUCUCUUAAAAACAUCUCUAUAAACGAAUGCAAAUUUUCUAACAAUUACGACGAGGGAAGUAUCACGUUAAGACCGAAAGACACCGCCGCUCUCACACGUAGACACAUUAAUGUGACAGAAGAGUCAGCUCCGAAAGAAGCUAUGGAAUUAUGAGUUUUGCAUUAUCUGUCACAUUAUCAUAAAUUCUCCUUAGACUUGUUAUUACCCCUUUUGAUACGAAGUCCAAGCUUAUUGAUAUAUUUAUAAAAAAAAAGAAUUUUAUAAGCUCUGAAUAUUUUUCUACGAAAAUAUAUCUGGUUAAAAAAA